AUGUUGGAACAGGACACACGUGGGUUACGGCUCAGCAAACAGAAGCAAUCAGAAUUGACCGUUGUAAUAUUUACGAUACAGUACCACUACGAUACUACCGGUUUGGAUUCAGAUUGUGGUCGUUGGAAACCGACCCCUCCCGUUUCAAUGUUACUUUGGUUCCAUACUAUUUUGCAAAAGAACGUAUGUGUCACUGACAACUCCCCCAUUCGCUCGGAGAAGGAUUUGAACGAUCCUGGUCAGGACGGUUUGCAUGUCACCCAGAACCCACUCGAAAUCUCGGAGAAGAAUUCGAACGAUACAGACUCGAAAGACCGGCAUAAUAAUUACAACUCAAUCAGCUCGUCCAAGGAGAAUCCAAAUGAUUCCCCCCAGAACGAGCUGCGUAUCCCCCAAUACUCUCCCGACGUCUCAGAAGAGAAUCUCGUCGAACAAGAUGCGGAAAACUUGCAAUACCCUCGAGGCAUCAAGCUCUAUCUCACCACAAUUGCAUUAUGCCUAUCCAUUUUUUGCGUGGCCCUCGAUAACACAUCAGUAUCGCCAUACUUGGACUCUCUAGAUACCACUACUAAAUUCAUUGAAAUCAAGAUCAUCGCAACAGCAAUUCCUCGAAUCACCGAUACCUUCUCCUCCAUCAACGACAUCGGCUGGUACGGUUCCUCCUACCUCCUAACAACCUGUGCAUUCCAGCUCCUAUAUGGCAAACUCUACACGAUAUUCUCCCUCAAAUGGACAUUUCUCCUCGCGCUAGGACUCUUCGAAGCCGGCUCCGCCAUCUGUGGUGCAGCUCCCAGCAGCGCCGUGCUCAUCAUCGGACGCGCCAUCUCAGGACUAGGAUGCGCGGGACUGUUUUCGGGGGCUUUACUUAUUAUAGCGGAUACAGUGCCUGUUAGGGCGAGACCUACAUAUACGGGUUUGCUGGGAAGUAUGUAUGGGAUCGCAUCUGUCGCGGGGCCUCUUCUGGGAGGAGUUUUUACUGAUCAGUUGAGUUGGAGAUGGUGUUUUUGGAUUAAUCUUCCGGUUGGUGGUGCUACGGCGCUUUUCAUCUUGGUUUGCUAUACUCCGGCGGGAAAUGUGGGAGUUAGAGGGUAUAGCGGGGAUGGGCUGAGGARGACUUUUUGGCUGCUUGAUCCCGUGGGGACAAUCCUGUUUCUGGCUAUGGUGGUGUGUCUCUUGCUCGCGUUACAAUUCGGAGGAUCAAAAUAUCCAUGGAGUGAAGGCCGGGUUGUCGCUUUGCUGGUUAUUUUUGGGGUUUGCCUUCUUGGAUUCGUGCUCAGUCAGAUCAAAGGUGGUGCCAACUCUACCAUCCCCAGACAGGUUGCCACUCAGAGGACAGUCAUGGCCAGCUCUUGGUUUUCAUUUUGUCUUGGAGGCAGCUUCUUUACCAUGGUCUUCUUUAUUCCCAUCUGGUUCCAGGCGACCCAAGGCGUGGAUGCCACCGCGAGCGCUAUUCGAACCAUUCCUCUCCUGCUUUCUCUGAUUGUGAUGUGCAUUCUCAGCGGUGGUCUGACAACUGUCUUUGGUUACUACACACCUUUCAUCUGGAUCUCUUCCAUUUUGACGUCUAUCGGAGCAGGAUUGAUGACUACUUGGAGCGCAGAUAGUCACUCUGCGGUCUGGAUUGGAUAUCAGAYAGUCUUUGGACUUGGAGCGGGUGCCGGCUUACAGGAACCUCUCAUGGCAGUACAGAAUGUUCUUCCGGACGAAUUGAUACCCAUAGGAACCGCAUUGGUCAUGUUCAGCCAGACGUUCGGAGGAUCCGUCUUCGUCUCAGCGGCUCAGAAUGUCUUUGCAAAUCGUCUACUCAGCAACAUGCAGUCGAUUGUUCCUGGUAUUGACAGAUCUGCAAUCCUCCUCUCGGGGGCUACGAGUUUCAAGGAUGUCGUGCCGUCUGAGCUUCUGGAUGCUGUACGGGCUGCUUGUAAUAAUGCAAUUACGAGUACGUUUAUGCUCAGCGUUGUUAUGGCGGGUUUAUCUGUGCUUGGGGCGGUUUUGAUCGAGCCUAAGAGGAUGAAAGGGAGGAUGUUCUGA